AUAUUAAAGCAAUUCUGUUAAAACUAGCAAAAAUAAAUAGUUAUUAAAGCAGAGAUUGAUGUUGCUCACCCAUACCAAUGACCAUGGGCAAAAUCUCUUUCACUCACUCAACCUUAAGGACUAACUUUGAGGGGUGUCCCCACCCAAAGGAGGAAUCUUCACACACACUCCAAGAAGGAAUAUGUUGGAAGAACUUAACCAUAUGAAAAUGGACUGGACUUUUACAGUGCAAAGUGGCUGACUGGCAGUCAUAUAUCUCCAGGUCAGCUUAGCAGUUUGUCUGCCAAAUCUUUACCUCACUGUCAAGAUGUUAAUUUGGAGUUGAUGUGUUAGACUGGUGUUAUCAUAAUAAAAUAAACACCAAAACCAGCUUGAUGUGCCCUCUCAGUCCACACUGGACUGAUAGCCUUGUAAAUAGGCCAUUGUCCAAGUUGCUUUACCACAUUCCAGGGCAGAGCAUCCUGCUGAACAUCUCCAGCUAGAUCAGGUUGCUCUGAGCCCCAUCCAGCCUGUCCUUGAACACUUCUAGGGAUGGUGUGUCCAUCUUCUGUUCCAGCAUCUCACCACCUGCACCAUAAAAAAUACCUUCUUUGCAUCUAGUCUAAAUCCAGCCUCUUUUAACAGUUUAAAGCUAUUCCCCCUACCACUACAUGCCCAUGGUAAAAAGUCCCUUUGCAGCUCUCUUGCAGAUCCCUUUAGGUACUAAACGGCUGGUGUAAGGUCUCUCUGCGGGCUGAACAUCCCGAACUCUCCCAGCCUAUCUUCACAGGAGAGACGCUCCAGCCCUCUGAUGAUCUUUGCAUCCUCCUCUGGACUCGCUUUGGUCUUUGCCGUGCCGAGCGCCUCGGAGCCGGACGCAGGUCUCGGGGGCAGAGCAGAGGGGCAGUGCGCUCGCUGCCCUGCCGGACAGGGCGCUCCAGGCGGGUCUCGGAGGCAGAGCAGAGGGGGCAGUGCGCUCGCUGCCCUGCCGGACAGGGCGCUCCAGGCGGGUCUCUGGAGGCAGAGGAGCGGGGGCAGUGCGCUCGCUGCCCUGCCGGGCCCGCACGGCCGCCGGGCGGCAGCAGCGGCCGCGCAGAGGCGGUGCCGCGGAGCCGACGUGUCCCGCCGGGCCGAUGGCCGCCGCCCGCCGCGCCGCGCUCCGCGCACACACAUGUAUUUGAAGAGGCCGGCGGGCGGGCUCGCCUUCUGCCUCUUCUACCUGGCCUCCAGCUUCACCAACAAGUAUGUUCUGUCUGUCCUGCAAUUUACCUACCCUACCCUUUUUCAAGGGUGGCAAACAUUGGUGGGUGGACUUCUGCUUCACAUCUCCUGGAAGCUGGGAUGGGUGGAGAUAAACUUGUGUUCAAGGUCUGAAAUCCUGUCAUGGCUUCCUGCAUCAGUACUUUUUGUGGGCAUUAUUUAUGCUGGCUCCAGGGCACUCUCUAGAUUGCCAAUCCCAGUGUUCCUCACUGUGCACAACGCAGCAGAAGUCAUAACCUGUGGUUUCCAGAAGUUUGUGCAGAAAGAGCAGACCUCUCUUCUGAAAGUCUGUAGUGUGCUGUUCCUCCUGGCAGCAGCAGUGUGCCUUCCUUUGUGUGACACACAGUUUGAUCCAAAUGGAUACUUAUGGGCUCUAAUUCACUUGAUCUGUCUUGGGGCUUACAAAGUAUUUCACAAGUUGUGGAAACCUGGAUCUUUAAGUGAUCUGGACCAACAGUACAUCAACUAUGUAUUCAGUGUAGUGCUGUUGGCCUCUGCAUCCCAUCCAGCAGGUGAUCUCUUCAGUGCCUUGGAUUUUCCAUUCCUGUACUUCUACAGGUUUCAUAGCAGCUGCUGUGCCAGUGGACUGUUGGGAUUCUUUCUGAUGUUGCACACAGUGAAGCUAAAAAGCAGCACAACCUCAGGGCAAUAUGCAGCCUGGAGUUUCCUUGCAAAGGUUAUCACUGCUAGCCUAUCGCCGUUCUUCUUUGUCAUGACUGCCAAUGUACUAACAAUUUCUUGCCUUGUGAUUGGUGGAAUUGGAGAAGCAUUGCUUGUUUACACUGAAAGGACAGGCACAUAAAGAGGAACCAGCUGGAAAAGAGCUAACUUGCAGCCUAGAGACACUACCACAAAAAAAAAAAAAGCUUCAGCAGGAAUGAAGAAGUGCAACCAAACAUGAGGAAAAGGAUCUAUUAUUUUUUUUAAUUAAGAAAAGAACCUAUGCUAUUAAUAGUGCUGGUAAGGGAGCAGUAUAGUUGGCAAAGAUGGUAAGGAGCCUUUGCCUGAAAGCACAAGACAAACUAUACCAGAUUGAUGUGCUAAAGGAAUAACUGCACUGUCUCAUGCUGAUGGCUCUGUGUGAGCACCACUCAGUAGCAGCUUCCUGCACAGGGAACUAAACUCAGGAAAAGCAGCAUUCCCCACUGGAUGCCCCCAGUCUUUUUCUUUUUUUUUUUGUUUGAAGCAGACAGCAGGUCAUACCAAACAAUGUCAGACCCCAGAUCAUGCCAUAAAUGCAGGAUCUGGAAGGAUGGAUUUUGCCUCCAACUGUUCUGUAAGCAGCAAACUGCCACACACAGGUCUCUAGUCAUGUUGUCUGAACUGGCACAGGGACUGAGGCCAAGGGGCUUGUGGAGAUAAUCCCCUUCUGGAACUGUGGCAGUUUGACAGCUUUGCAGAAAGGGAAAAUCAGCAAUAAAUCUCAAUAUCUGUA